AUGGAUAAUGAUGUGUCUCCUUCGCCUUUUCACUCGGUCUCUUCAGUCUUCACUUUCACUGUCCUACUCGCAACUCGCCAAGGUAACUUCCACUCCCACUCCGAUACUGUGUCCGGCAAAGCAGUGCCCAGCCGCUUACCUGCCUGUUCGACGGCGAUCAAGCUCGCCGUGAAACGCUCCCUUUCGGUGUACACUCCACCACUCCCGUUGCGACUCAGCUUCCACUCUGCCAACUCGUACCUCUUUGACCGAACUCUGCUCUUCGAGUAA